UUGUGGCCGAAAUAGGAAAUUUAAAAACAAAACUCAAGUUAGUUCAUUUUUCAGUUUGGCUUUUUUUUUUGGUCUGGUUUGGUGAAUAACCUCUGCUAAUGAAUAAUCUCAUAUGUGUGCACUGAUUGUUUAAAAACCUAGUUAAACAGGCAAAUGCAUAGUAAAAUGUAUAAAGGUACACUGUAUUCACACAGGGUCUUAGAUGUGGCAUUCUAGCUUAUGCUAAACAGUGAACAGUGGACUGAAAACUACAACAUUUGCAAAUUAAGCCUGGAUUAGUCACACUGUGGUUAUAGUUGGAGAAUUUUUCCAAAUCAUUUGCCGUUUCCUAAAUCUUUCAAUUCGAUGUUGUCGUUAAUUCUAAUCUGCUGUGUUUGAGAAUUCCCAUGGUGUUACUUUCUCCAUUAGGUCACGAACACGAUGUACUGUUAACACUUUGAGUGCCUGUGGAUUGCAAAGCAUUGUACAUACCUGUGGCACUCAGACGGUUAAAUGCUGUUUGCUACGUUGUAUGUACUUUAUUGAAAUGUACAUGUUGCCUAACUGUACUAGAACAAUGUACAGGCGGUUCUGUAAUCUGUGAAUUUUGUACAGUGUAUAGAAAUUGGUUCAAUUAUUUUCUUGCUGCUUUUAGUGAUUAACACAUUAAUGGAAAGGGGGUGAAAUGUAAUUCAGAGAACACAGUUUGUGCCUUUUUGAUUUUCCUUUGCAUUGAGUCUGCAGUCAGAAAGUACUGUGUGUUGUAUCAUCUAUUUCUGUGAUAGAGAAUUGAACUACAUGCCAGAAGAUGUUAACACAUCCAGCAAAAAUAGUCACAGGAAGAUGUCACAGAAAAAAGUAACCCCUAGCUCUAUUCCUACCCCUAACCAUUCCACUAUUCCUACCCUUAACCCUGUCUCUAUUCCUACCCUUAACCGUAUCUCUAUUCCUACACUUAACCCUGUCUCUAUUCCUACCCUUAACCCUGUCUCUAUUCCUACCCUUAACCCUGUCUCUAUUCUUACCCCUAACUCUACCUCUAUUCCUAUGCCUAACCUUAUCGCUAUUCCUAUCCCUAACCUUAUCUUUAUUCCUACCUCUAGCCUUAGCUCUGUUCCUACCCCCAACCUUACCUCUAUUCCUACCCCUAACCUUAUCUUUAUUCCUACCCCUAACCGUACCUCUAUUCCUACCCCUAACCCUACCUCUUUUCCUACCCCUAACCUUAUCUCUAACCCUACCUCUAUUCCUACCCCUAACCGUAACUCUAUUCCUACCCCUAACCCUACCUCUUUUCCUACCCCUAACCUUAUCUCUAUUCCAACCCAUAACCUUUUCUCUAUUCCUACACUUAACCCUGUCUCUAUUCCUACCCCUAACAGUACCUCUACUCCUACUACUAACCCUGUCUCUAUUUCUACCCCUAACUCUACCUCUAUUCCUAGACUUAACCCUAUCUCUCUUCCUACCCCUAACUUUAUCUUUAUUCCUACCUCUAACCCACCUCUAUCCCUACCUCUAACCCUACCUCUAUUCCUACCCCUAACCGUAACUCUAUUCCUACCCCUAACCCUACCUCUUUUCCUACCCCUAACCUUAUCUCUAUUCCAACCCAUAACCUUUUCUCUAUUCCUACACUUAACCCUGUCUCUAUUCCUACCCCUAACAUUACCUCUUCUCCUACUACUAACCCUGUCUCUAUUUUUACCCCAAACUCUACCUCUAUUCCUAUCCCUAACCUUAUCUUUAUUCCUACCUCUAACCCUACCUCUAUCCCUACCCCUAACCGUACCUCUAUCCCUAACCGUACCUCUAUCCCUACCCCUAACCGUACCUAUAUUCCUACCCCUAACCCUACCUCUAUUCCUACCCCUAACCCUGAAGAAUUCCCUCUGCUAAUAUCAUUACUAAUAUUAUCAGGUGGAUUUACUAGUUAAAACAGUAGAAAGUGGUCUGUGACAAC